UUUCAGGACGCAAGGAAGAGCGGAGUGUGCGUCCCUCGAUGAAUGGAGCUGAACAGCAAACUUGAUUCAUUCAUUCAACUUUUCGACGAGAUUUGAGUGUUUGCCAAGCAUUACAUGUUAGCUUGCCCUAUCAGGUGUGCAUGUUUGUUACUGUAGCUGCCGGAAAUAUUUGCUUCAAAGUGUGUGCACUUGUCUGUGCGCCAGUGUGUGAAGAGCCCUUGUGAGCCAUGUCAGUGUCAGUCAUCAUAAAGUGGGGAGGUCAGGAGUACUCCAUCAGUUCUCUGUCUGAGGAGGACACAGUGAUGGACCUGAAACAGUCCAUUAAGAGCUUGACUGGGGUGCUGCCAGAGAGACAGAAACUACUGGGACUCAAGGUCAAAGGUAAACCUGCAGAGGAUGAGAUGAAACUGGGUACUCUGAAGCUGAAGCCUAACACAAAGAUCAUGAUGAUGGGUACCAGAGAGGAGAGCCUGGAAGAUGUUUUAGCCCCUCCCCCAGAGAAUGACGAUGUGGUCAAUGAUUUCGACAUUGAAGAGGAGGUCAUUGAAGUGGAGAACAGAGAGGAGAACCUGGCUAAAAUAGCACGAAGAGUGAAAGACUAUAAGGUGGAGGAACUGAACCCUCCCAGAGAAGGCAAAAGGCUUCUGGUGCUGGAUGUGGACUACACACUGUUUGAUCACAAGUCGUGUGCAGAAACGGGCCAAGAGCUGAUGAGGCCGUACCUUCACGAGUUUCUGACGUCAGCCUAUGAAGACUAUGACAUUGUGAUCUGGUCUGCUACAAGUAUGAAGUGGAUUGAUGCCAAAAUGAAGGAGUUGGGAGUGACAGACAACCCUAACUACAAGAUUACAUUCAUGCUGGACAGUGCAGCCAUGAUUACGGUACACACCCCUAAGAGAGGGGUUGUAGAGGUGAAGCCCUUGGGUGUGAUAUGGGGGAAGUAUGAAGAGUUUUACAACAGGAAAAACACCAUUAUGUUUGACGACAUCGGACGAAACUUCCUCAUGAAUCCACAGAACGGACUAAAGAUCCGCCCCUUCAUGAAGGCCCAUCUUAACAGGGAGAAGGACAGGGAGCUGUAUAAACUGGCUCAGUACCUAAAAGAAAUUGCAAAGCUUGACGAAUUCACUGGACUCAACCACAAACACUGGGAGAGGUACCUAUCUAAGAGGCAGCACCACUGAGGAGGGACUGAAUCCUGCAAUAACGUGGGCUGGGCACUACUAUCCCAUCAUCAAGUUCUCACACAGAUACACACCAAGUUGGCUAUUAAAAGUCCUUCAUUUCAAACUGUAAUACAUGUCCUACACUAACCCUUAAAAGCUCAGGACUGAGAUGGGCUUUCCAAUUUAUGUAUUUGCAUGUUCUCUGUCCCUCCCGAGCCUCUUACAUUUUUUUCAAAAUACUGUUUGCAUUUACGUUAACAAUGGCAGUUACUACCAGUCUAAGUGAUUGAUUGUGUGGCUGGGGUAAAAACACUACCCGCGCCAGAACCCCACGACCCAAGAACUUCGACAUACCUACUUCAGUCAGAUAUCUAAGAUGCGUAUUGAAGUCCAUAUUUAGGAUGGGGGGGGUGCACAGCAUCUUUACAUUAGCAAGUAAAAACAGAUUCUAAAUAUUCAUACCAAAAUUGAAUUAGAUGGUGUUGAGAGCAUUGGUCAAAGAUAAGUCUAAGUCCUUGAGCAUCAUACAGAUGCCUGCAACCUACACAACCUGACAUGUAAUAAUAUGCAAAUAAUCCUGAAAGCUGCUGUGAGAUUAAGGGCAGAUAAGAUAGAGACUGGUUGUAGCUAAAAUACUUCCAUCAAAACAACUGACUGUCGUGAAUGUUUUGAUGGAAAACUUCCGUUAUUUGUUGUUACUUGUUUACAGGGGGUCACUGGACACAGGCUGGUGGGUUGGGGGAUGUUGUACAUUUACAUCCUAUACACACAUAGGUGGUCAUUUGCAGAGAAAUGUAUUUGUGUUUUUCUGCACAUUUAGUUGUUACAUUUUGCCGCACACACUCGGACACGAUUAAGGAUUACUUGAUUUUUUGUUUUUUUAUGUGGAAUUCGUUAGAUUCUGUAUUUUUGUUAACUUUUUAUUGAACAAAGUGAGGAUGAGGGAUAAUGACGAGGUUGCAAGAAACUGACAGCACAAUUCAUGCAUUUUACUUUUUUUUUUGUAGAAACUAAUGUGUCAGCACUUAUUGUCAACGUUUAUUUUAAGUUAUGGAUGAAGAAGGGGAGUGUCGGGGUGAGAGGAAGGAGGUGAACACCAAGUAGCACUUGAAACUCUUAGAAACAUCAGGGAUGUGGUUUCUCAGAUUUUGUCAGGUUUACAGCUCUUACACUUUCAAAUUCUUUUCAUUUCUUGAGAUCUAC